AUGAUGGUCACUCCGCUAGCCGAAGACGAAGAGGAGGUCCUGGGAUCCUGGAAGUACCCCAACGUGAUAAAUCAGCGCAUUCAAGUAGACAAGAUGACAUCUACAAGUUUCUUGAGGUCGAGCUGUGUUUAUGGUGUAACCCCGGACUUCUUCUACGACGAGAGCAAUAGGGCUCUGUAUCCACCUGCUGAAGAGGCACUACCGCUGCCCAGAUAUCGCGCUAUUUUGGCAGCUUUAAGUGGCAAUCCGUUUACAAAAGAAGGAGGAUCCGACCAAUGGAUGGCACCGUUCACACCUGACAGAGACAUCUCUUAUGCAUACGAACUCGCACAGCGUCUAUCCGCAGACAUUGGUUUUGUGGAUGGAACAACGAUAGCAUCAUUAGAUGAUGAUUUGAUCCGCUUGCGCUCAAAGACAGUGGACGAUAUUGGACUUACGCACGUGCGCAACCCGAAAAAGGGAUACGGCCCAGUGCAGCAUGGCGUGGUAUCGCUGGUUACAGGCUUGCUUUUGGGUGGACAUGUGGCUGCCAACGGCGAAUCAAAGGUGGACAUUACCAGAAGCAGUGAAAACGCAAGAGCACCGCUGCUUGAAGCAGAGCUAAUCGUGAAAACGCUGGGAGAUCUAAAACCCUUAUGCCGUGACCUGGGACUUCGUGUAUCUGGAAACAAAGCAACGUUAAUUGGUCGACUUCUUCAAAAUGAUGCUGGGGAGGCUCUUCCUGGUCGCAAUAUUCGGCGAGAUUCCAGAUAUGCAGUUGACUCAGCCCUUUUAUCGACUUGGUUCAUGGCGCCGUUUUCAACACCAUCUACAAAGAUUGGGACCGCCAACGAAGUCAAUAUUGCCUCGCACAUCACGCUAUUUCUGGAUAUACACACACACGAUCAUAUCGAGGAGCUCAGAGAAUACGGUUUACUGUGCAAGAGCAAUAUGCCAGUAGCUGCUUUCUCACCGGAUCAUAUUGCUGCCAUCGUGUCUGUGCGAUGUGGGAGAUUCAAUGCAGUAAUGGAGCACAAAAAUCGAGCUACUGCUCGCACAGUUCAGCAGGAACAAGCUGCUGCUAAAGCUUAUGUCACACGUUUUUUUAUGAUUCGAGGACUAUGUACAAGCUACAAGGUCUAUCAGAAACACAAGCAAAAUCUCCCCAGUUUUGCCGCAUUUUGCCGAGAAGCUGCCGUUGUGCUUUCAAAGAAGGCCGGCUCUCUGCGCCCACUGAGCGAUGCUCGAGACAAGGAGAAUCGGUCAGGUCCACCGACAUUGGAACUUUCAUUCGCGUACAACAAACGAAAUCACUUCGAGUAA